CGAUCAAUAGAUAUUAGAAACAGGAAGUGAGCUGAGGUGGGAGUUAUCUUUGAUUCAGCAGUAAUGUAAACUCAGGAAUGGAAUAACCUGUACAAGAGAGCAUUAUGGGUAAUCAGUUGGCAGGAAUUGCUCCUUCUCAGAUACUCAGUGUUGACAAUUAUCUAACUGAUGUCACUGACUAUGAAUAUGACUGUAAUCUUGGUAGCACCCGAUUUUUCAAAGUUGCCAAAGCCAAGUACAAAGAAGGCUUGGCUGUUGUCAAAGUGUUUGCAAUCCAUGAUCCAUCACUGCCAAUCAAACCACACAAAGACAAAGUAGAGGAUAUCAAAUCCAAACUAUUGAGUGCUCCAAAUUGCUUGCCAUUCCAAAGAAGUACAUUGUCAGAUAAAGCAGCUUUACUGUUCAGACAGUAUGUACGUGGUAACUUGUAUGACAGAAUCAGUACUAGACCGUUCCUUAACAGCGUGGAAAAAAAGUGGAUUGCAUUUCAACUGCUUUGUGCAUUGGACCAAGCACACAGAGUAAAGGUUUGUCAUGGCGACAUAAAAACAGAGAAUGUUAUGGUAACAAGCUGGAAUUGGGUUCUGUUGACCGAUUUUGCCAGUUUCAAACCAACAUACCUGCCAGAUAACAAUCCGUCAGAUUUCAAUUUCUUUUUUGACACAUCUCGACGAAGAACAUGUUACAUUGCUCCUGAGAGAUUUGUGGAUGUGACAAGUAAACAACAACAACUAACUGAGAUAGAGAAAGGAGUGGCAGCGAUGUUAGAAUCACUGCCCGAUAGUGAAAUUAUACAGAAGGGAGAAUUGACACCUGCUAUGGAUAUAUUCUCAGCAGGGUGUGUUAUAGCUGAAUUAUUUACAGAAGGUCAUCCCCCAUUUCAUCUAUCUACCCUAUUAGCAUACCGUAAUGAUGCGUUUUACCCUGAUAAAAUCAAUGAAAUUGAGGCUCCACAUGUUAAGGAAUUAGUGAAGCAUAUGAUACACAAAGAUCCCAACAAGAGGUACUCAGCCGAGGAAUACAUACAGAAAUGGCGAGGAUUUGCUUUUCCUGAUUACUUUUACACUUACCUGAAAUCAUACAUGGGAGAUUUUGCUCUGUUACCAAUCUUACCUCCAGAUGAGAAAAUUGCAAGAAUUCAUAAGGACAUCAAAAAAAUCUUAAAUAAUCUGUGUCCAAAAGAUGAAGAUGGUUGCAUGCAUGCGGAAAAUAAUGGCGGUCUUGUCAUUGUAAUAUCAAUGAUUACAUCGUGUUUACGUUCUCUAAAGUUUUGUAUUGCCAAGUUAUCUGCAUUGGAGUUGAUGUCAACACUGGCCAAACAUGUGACUUCUGAAAUAGUACUGGACAGAUUAAUUCCUUAUAUGAUUUACUUUGUUAAUGAUCCGUUUGCCAGAGUGCGAGCUCAUUCACUGAAGACAUUGACACAGAGUCUAGCGUUGGUUAAAAAUGUACCUAGAAGUGAUGCAAAUAUAUUUCGAGAAUACAUCCUUCCUAACUUGACUAAUCUAACUCUGGACCAAGUUGUAUCUGUAAGAAUUACAUAUGCAGAGAAUAUUGCGUCAUUAGCAGAGACUGCUCUGAGAUUCCUAGAAAUUACUCAGUUAGAUCACGGUACGCAAGAAGAAGAGUCAGAUUCUAUACUAGAUCCAAGUGUUCAGUAUCAGGGAAGCUAUGAUGCAGAGUUACAGGAUCUUCAUGAAAUGAUUCAACAAAAAGUGGUCACUCUACUCAGUGAUCCUGAGAAUAUUGUAAAGCGUACUUUAUUGGAAAAUGGUAUAACGAGACUGUGUGUGUUUUUUGGAAGACAGAAAGCCAAUGAUGUUCUCCUUUCACACAUGAUUACCUUUCUUAAUGAUAAAAAUGAUUGGCAUUUACGUGGUGCUUUCUUUGACAACAUUGUUGGAGUUGCUGCAUAUGUUGGAUGGCAGAGUUCAUCUAUAUUAAAACCACUGCUACAACAGAGAUGCGCUAUGAUUAGGGGAUGCACUUUCUAUAUAGAUUGUGCUUCUAUCAGGAAAUGUGCAGCAAUUAGGGAUGCAAUAUUGUUAGAGAUGCGCUUACUGUUAGUGUGUACUUGUUCCCAGUUCAUAUUAGCAUAUGCCACAGUAUAUGGCUCACUAAUUGGAUGGGAUCUCAGGGCUCCUGGGAAUGCCUGGAAACUGAAGAAUGAACAAAAACAUGGUUUGAUUACUUCAUUCUCAGUGGAUCACAAACGAUGUUGGUUAUCUGUGGGUACAAGUAGUGGUAUUCAUGUAUGUUGGGACAUGAGAUUUCAAUUACCAAUCACAACACUUACACACCCUACAGGCACCAGAGUACGACAAUUGUUGAUGCAUCCUCUCCAUCAGUCAUGGGUUAUAUCAGCAGUAGAAGGUAACAAUGAAGUAUCCAUGUGGGAUAUGGAGACGGGUGCAAGACAGAUGACAUUAUGGGCUAGUACUACGCCAGCACUCUCACAAACACAGGCCUCCAGCCAUUCUGUGCAUACAAUGUAUUGUAGUCUAGCUGAUGGUAACCCAUUUCUGGUGACAGCUGGAUCAGAUAUGAGAAUGAGAUUCUGGGACUUGGCAUACCCACAAAGUUCUUACAUCAUCGCUGGGGCUGCCAACGAUCAUUUACAUCAAACAGCUGUUUCAUACAAACACAAACUAGUUGAUGGUACUGAAGUUAUACAAGAAACAUACAGCAAACAGAGAGGGACCAGUGAUGAUACACCCAGACGAGCACCGGAUCCUGUACCUUCUGGACACAGAGAUACCAUAUCUGAUAUGACUGUAUUCCAGACAUCCCAGGCUUUUAUCGCUACCUGUUCUCGUGAUGGAGUUGUCAAAGUUUGGAAAUAAGAACACAGUACCAUGUCAUGAUCACUGCACCAAUAAUGUGAAGCAAGAUUGUGAAAGUCAAACCAAUCAGAAAGCAGCUUUUCUGUUGACAGUUUUUCAAUGCAUUAAUUCCUGCUAGUUAUAUUUGCUUUGACUUAGCUGGUAAUGUGCAGAAAUCAUCACAACCAAUAAAAAUGUAUGUAUAAGCCCAAAAAUGCAUCUAUAGUAAACGAACAUCAUUAACAUUCAACUUAUUUUGACCAAAAAGCAAAUACGAUAUUGGUUUAAAGGCAAUAUGAUGUACAUAUCUUGAAAAUAAUGUUGAAACAAAUUAAUUUUUCUGUGUGCUGUUUCCAUAUGCAUAGCAUAAACAUCCUUAAUAAAAUAUCUUGUGCAAAUUUGGUUUGUACUACAAAAUUUGUUUUGGCUCAGUAUUGGAUGGUUUAAAAAAAUGACAAAAAUCACAGCUUGGGGCCCUUUAAUAAUAGAAAUAACCCAAUUUUCUAUAAGUCUAAUCAGUGCUACUGUAUUUGACAUAAACACUCACUAUUGUAUAAAUUUAAUAAACCAGUGAAAUGUUUUGUCAGAGUUCAGUAAUUUAUACUAUUCUUCAUUUAAAUUUAGAAUUGUUACAAUUUCACAUCAGUAUGGAAAACACGUGCAUUAGAAGCAUAUUAAAAACAAUGUGUUUGUCUGUGUAAAUAGUGUUCACUAUAAUUGUAAUGGCACAGUCUUUUUCAUGUCAUGGAUUGUAUGUAUUUAUUUGACAGAUCCCAAUUAAA